ACAAAGAAGAGCUACUUCUACAGCUUCAUAUGUUUUUGCACCUAGUUGGUUAACGAAUAAAUCAGGUUCUUCCUCUCCCUCUACAAUCUUAAGUCCUGCUUAUUCCUCUUCUUCUGAAGGGAAAUCUACAAAAGAGGAAGCUAAUAAUAAUAAAGGGUCGAUGGUGGGAAGAUCUUUAAAAAAAGAUGGGCUUAGUAACCAUAACAGCCAUAAUAAUAAUGAUAGUAAGCAGCAGCAGGGUAAGGAUGGGCUAGGGAAAGAUGGUAGUAGUAGCUCUUCUUCAUUAGACAAUUUAACAAAAUCAUCAUUAUCAAAUAAUGGUAAUUUACCAUUAACAUCUACUAUUAGAUCAAAGACAAGAGAAUUCACAGGAUCAGCAGCACCUCGUACUUCAAAUCUUGAAGAAUCGACAGGAUCAUUUAAUGAGUCAAUUAGCAAAAAUCAUCAUCAAAACCACCGCACACACUCACGUUCACGUACAAUCUCCCAACCAACUAAUUCCCUAAUAUCGAGUUCAUCGUCGUCAUCAACAAAAUUUGAACGUGAAUUUCCAACGCUAGCAAAAAAGAAGCCUUCAUUAUCUAUUGAUUUAUCCUCAAAAAACGUUGAAAAUUUGUGGGGAACUCGACCCAUUAACAAUAAUACAAAUUUUAAUUUUGGUGUAGGGGUUGGUAUUUCAUCAAAUAGUCGUGUUGGUAGUCAACGUAAUAGUGUUAAUGGUGGUGGCGGUGGCAAUUUAUUAUUACGUAGACUGAGCAAUUUUGGUAAUAAUAAUAACAGUAUGAAUGGUAAUAAUUCAAUGGGUAGAAUGGGACAAUUUAAAAUAGAAUUGGACAAUGAAGAUAAUUUACCAGGUCGUACCAAAGAAAUUUUAAACCCGUUGAAUGGAUGUGACAAUAUUGAGGAGCGAUAG